GUCACCGUUGGAUGAUCUUGAUCACGGGUACCUUGUGGUGCAGAGAGUUCGUACGUUCGUUCUUUUCGACUUCGUGUUUAGUCUUUUAUUAUGCGCGCAUUUGAUAAGUAGAGAUAUUUUGUGAGUCAGUUUCUUAUGAUCUAUAAAACACCUGUUGUGAUAUAUUCGAAAUUGUGUUGCGUAUAUUGUGUGCUAUAAUUUUGGUACCCGUAAUUUAUUUGUUUUUGGUGCGCGACAGUGCUUGCGGUUUUUCUAUUGUUUAUUUUUUUUAUUGUUGUUACAUUUGUGGUAUUUAUCGAUUUACACAUAUGCGAAUAACUCGACGAAUUAUACAUCUAGAUAUAUUACGAAACAUUCGUAUCUAGUGGUGAAUUAUUUCUGUCAAACAAAUAUUGACCAAAAUUUAAAAAAAAAAACCAACCGAACAAACAAGAGAUAAUUAGUGCUAAUAACUAUUUGCCGUUGUAUAUUAUAUGUAUAUAUGUUGUGCAUAUGAAUGUGAAUUAUCUCGAAUUGCUAUAAACUGACAUCAACAAGAAAACAAACAACGAAAAUCAAAAAUAUUUUUUUUUGUCGAGCAGUGAAACCAGAGUGGAUAUUUUCGGAUUUUACAAAUAAUAUCCCUGGCAAGCAUUGGAUUACUUUCGAACAGUCGCUGGUAUACCGGACCACCUCUCUAUUCAUAUUAAAAUCGAACAUCGAGACAGAAAAUGUCACAUUAGAAUUUAUCCACGUUCCAUGUGAGAAUAUUCCUAUCGAAAUAGCUAUAUAUGGAGAUGAACCAAACGUGCAAGGUGUGCGGUGAGCCCGCAGCAGGCUUCCACUUUGGUGCAUUCACAUGCGAAGGAUGCAAGUCAUUCUUCGGCCGAUCAUACAACAAUUUAUCCUCGAUAUCUGAAUGCAAAAACAACGGAGAAUGUAUCAUAAACAAAAAGAAUCGUACAGCGUGCAAGGCAUGUCGGUUGCGGAAAUGUAUACAAGUUGGAAUGUCGAAAAGUGGCUCCCGAUAUGGUCGUCGAUCGAAUUGGUUCAAAAUUCACUGUCUGCUCCAAGAGCAGCAACAGCAAGCAGCUGCUGCCGCACAGGGAAAUCGCAAAACACCACCGCCGUCCACAUUAAGUAUGUUCGGUCAUCCGUCCUAUCCGCCGGGAAUGUCUUGUCGACCGCCGUGCACUAAAGAAGAAUUGAUGCUGUUAGGCUUUGAGGACUACAAGCAUCCGUCGGCAUCUCCGUCGGUCAGUUCGCCGGACAGUCACAAUUCGGAUAGUUCCGUGGAAGUGGGUGAUCGUAGAAAUAAUUUAAUUAGACAGAGCAUUACGCGAGACUCAAUGGCUUCGUUCAAUAAGGAACUGUUCUUGCCAUUAUCGUUUCCCGGCCUGUCUUCGAUGCAAAUGAUGCCGCCGCCAGGUUUCCUGCCACCCACACAUUUUAUGUUCCCCGGUUAUCAUCCGUCCCUAUACGCUCAACAUCAAGGUCUCCUCAAGCCUGCCAUCGAACCACCACUCAUAAGUUCGCCGUCGAUAGCAAAUAACAAUAAUCGCUUCGUACCAAAUCACAACAGCAAAUCAUCUGAAGAAGCCAAACGUUAUUUUUUGGAUGCGGUGCUGAAAUCCCAACGAUCACCAAUGAAUGUCAACAUAAAAACCGAAGAAGAGGACGAAGAUUCCGAAGAUUUAGUCGUUUCAAUGACACCACCACGGUCACCAGUCGCCACAUCGCGGUCGCCGUCAUCUCGACCAGCCGUUCAUUCGCAAGACAAUCCAAUCGAUUUGAGUAUGAAAACGAAUAGCAGUACGUCGGACGAUAUGCGAACGAUGUCAGGCGGAGAAAGUGAUAUGUCCGAUGAUGAACAUGAGAAACGUACAUCAUGUCAUAGUGAAUUGGAGGAUGAAGAUUAUGGGCGUGAAGUUAAGCGAAUAAAAAUUAAUGGGACACCGUUGGACUUAACAACGAAAGCGUAGUGACGGUUAAUGUUUUGUUGAAAAUUAGUUUGUUUCUCUUAAUUUAAAAAAAAAUAUUCGAAUCAAAAAAUGACCCGCAUUGACGUUUGCUUGUCGUUGCAUGAUUGUGUGUUCACCAAGUCUAAUUAAAGUAAUUGCUCCACUGCAACGAAUUAAAGUUUCAAUAAAUUGUCGCACCGUUUGCUGUUAGGCCGACUAAAAAUGCACCAAUUUCAGACAAAGAUUUGAUUUUAAAACCAUCUACAACCACACAACCUCUACUAAUCACUUUCUUUCACAAAAAAAGUCAACAUUCGACUAACCUUUCGCGAACGGCAAACGUAUUACCGCUGAUGUUGAUACAAUACCUUUAUCAGGUUUAACAUUCCUUUUUCCAAUAGAAGAGCGGAUACGAUUUCCACCCAACCUUCUUCCAGUUAUGUUGCUCAGGCAGAUGUACAGAUGCUAGGAAGCAUAUGGAGCACAAUGAGCUUUGUAUGACGCGUAUGUACUUCAUUCGGAUUCUCCGAUCGCACAGUCGUCAGAGACUUCCAAGUCUGUAGCGCCGUGACUUGAUGGAGAAACGAGAGUGAUUGAUGUUCUCGUCAAAACUGAGUCCAUACUCGAUGGAUGCAUUAGAUCUCAUUCAAUUCCAAUUGAAUUCAAUGAUACCCGACCAAUUAUUCCCUUUCUCAAACAUUUCGAGCAUCUACCAGUCUACGCGAUGCAUAUAUAGCAUUCAUUGCUCUUUACGAUGAUUUCUCAUAUUUGCAUUACAUUUAAAAUCAUUAAUUAAUUCUUGUAUACAAUUACCGAGGUGCUUAUGUGAUACUCAUGUCGUUUAUCAUGGACGUUACGGGACGGUUUAGAGAGCUUUUCUGGUACGACAAGUGAAUACAUAAAUAAAUAUCCUCUAUGACAAGAAGAACACUUGACUUAACCAUUCAAACUCAAUAUAAUAUUAAAAUCACAUUGUUGAACGAACGGUAGCAUAUUGUUGCAUGUUUUCGUUAACAAAAGAAGAACAUCACUUCAGUGUGUGUAUUACCAUAUUAUACACCAUCGCUCUCCGGUGAAUAAAUUUUGUAUUCAAAGUGUAUUUUCAGUUAAAAGUCUUCAUAACGAUAAAAAUGUUGUAAAGAAACUUGAAGGAAAAAUGAAUUUCAUUUCAGAGAAUACGUAUGAAAGCCGAGCGAACUGGCUUAGACGAUUCGAAUGGAGAGGUGUGAACAAAAAGGUUGAGGCAAAUAUUUUGAAUUAAAUUCGCUAAUUGUUGUCAUGACUUAGGUUACGAAGUCAUUCGAUUUUAAACUUAUUAUACGCGAAGGUGCUGGAGAGAGAGAACUUUUCACUUGAAUCACUACUACUAACAGUAAAUUAAAUCCUUGUUUCGAACCUUUCCUUUUGCCAAGUGUGGGUUUUGAAGCUCGAGCCGAAGGUGGGGUAUUCAACCACACAAGACAAAGUACAAAGUUCCACGAACUUACGUAAAUUUUACUUACUAAGUCACCGGGAAAUGAUUUAUAACGCCCACGUAAAUGAAGUAAUGACUCAUUUCCCGAGGGCUUAGUGUGUAAAAUGAAGUUACUGCACUACAGCUAGACAAAAAAAAUUCACUUGGUGCUUAGUUUUGUAAAGAAUUGUUAGUGCUACUGUAAAAUUGGAAUAGUUUUUGAAGUUCUUUGCCUAGAAAGAAUCGAAAUUUAAAUUUAGUCAAAUGUCUCAACAUAAAAAACAUAAAAACCAAAUUUGAGGAUUCGUUUCAAGAAGUCCCAGGCUGACCAAUCGAAUCAAGGCAUUAAACUUUUUAUUUUGAAAUUGAAAAGGACCAACGGUACAGUUAUUGUAUUGUAAUAUCCAUCGUUUUAAUAGGAUUUACCCAUAACAUUCCACAAGCUCAUUAAAGUACUUCACAUUCACAUAAUUUGUGGAAUGAAUUGGAUUGAAACCACACAACGAUGGAAGUUAUAAUUCUAUAGCAGUGUAGAUUGGUAUAACGCACAUCAUUACCUUAUUUGCAGAGACAAAUAUCUGUUAGAAGUAUUAAGAAUAUUAUUCGUAUUUUGUACAAAAACCUAAGAUAAAUUUAUAAAUAGUAAUUGAAUUGUAUUAGAUAGAUAGUUAGAUAGAAAGCGAGUAUUUAAAAAAUUAUUAGAAAUCAUUUCAUUGCAUUAUUGUUUAUAAGAAAAUUGUAAAUUUGUUGGUGCUUAGGAAAAUAUUUUUUAAGAAAAAUGUUAGCAAUUAUCAUGUGUAUAGUAUCCUCUUCAAUAAACGCAAUAAUAAUAGAAAAAAAUGUUUCCGUGUGUUGAACCACUAUGGAUUAUGUUAUGUAAAAUGGGCAUUUCGUUUAAGAAUUAAUUUUUAUUUAGAGAAUUUUUACUCUUUUUUUCGUCUCUCAAUGUUUUAGUGAAUUAAAUUUAAAUUAUAGUUAGACUUUCAAAUGCUUUCCUAUGCAGGUACAUUAAUUUGUUGAACAAAUGUAAAUAUUUUUUUAAAUCAAGUUUUGACGAA